UUUCAGAGCAGCCUGUAUAUCGUACGCGCUGGGAAGACGAAGCUCCAGCUGGAACAUCCAGGGUCCUGCUGUGACGAAAUUGUGGAGCUACAAACGACUGUACCAUCUGUGGGUUUUUGAGCUGACAUCAUCAUAUCUCACCUAGUGACUGACUGAAUUACCCCCAUAACAAAGCAUGGAGGGGGCCGUGGUGAACAACCUCAUAGAAUUUGACUCGCCCCCAGAAGGGACAGCGCCCUCUGUUCUCGUUCCCUCCAGUGGGGCGGACUUUUUCUCAUCCGAGCCUCUCGUCCCUGAGCCUGCGAGCGACGUCACCAUGGAGCCCCUUCUUCCAGAGCCCAUGGCCCCCACACACACGUCCCACAGAGAAGACGAUAGUGAUGCCACCGAAUCUGCCGACAGUGAGAACGAGGGCACAGAAUCGCCAUCACACCCGUCGAGCACGCGGCGGUCCUCGUCUUGCUCCAGUCACAGUACUGAGGACGCGGAGGAGACGGAGAUACGAGGAUUCAUGAAAACCUAUGUGGCAAAGCUUUUCCAUGGAAGGGAGGACUUUGAUCAGGAGGAGAAGGCUCACUUUGGAGAGCUGUGCACUGGAGAGAACGGGAAAGGCAGGGAGUGGUUCGCCAAAUAUGUCAGUGCACAGCGCUGCCACUCCAAAUGUGUGAGCGAACAGACUUUCUACAGGCUGGUGCAGUCAUUCGCUGUUGUUUUGUUUGAAUGUCACCAGGUGGAUGAUUAUGCUCCCGCCAAACACCUCAUGACCAUGUGCUUCACAUAUUACUACAUGGGUAAGUCCCAGCUGUCUCCCACAGAGCUGUUGGAGAGGCCCAGCGGGGGGAUCGACUCGUACCUGCGCAGUGGAAAGGUCUGGCUCUCUGGGAAGAAGGAUAUCGCAGAGCGAAUGCUUAAAAACACCUCCGCUAAGUCUGACGUUAAAGGAUUUUUUGGGGGUCUGGAGAGCAAACUGAGAGGACCCUUGGGCCGAAAGAAUGAAGACUCAGACAGGCCUGUUGAACAGAAAACCAAAACUCCAGUUUCUCCCCCUCUCUCCCCGGAUAAAAAAGAAGAGGAGAAAAUUUACCUGUACACGCACCUGAAACAGCAGCCCAUUUGGCACACUUUGAGGUUUUGGAACGCAGCGUUUUUUGAUGCCGUCCAUUGUGAGAGAAAUAAAAGAUCCCCCACCACGAGGCGGACGGCUGAGGAAGAGAAAGAUGAAAGAGAAAAGUGGUGUCAUAUGACCCAGGAAGAGAAAGACGAUAGCUCCAGAUUUAAUGAGAACAUCACCUUCGGUCAGCUGGGGACAUUCACUCAUAACAUGGUGGCAUUUGGACUGAGCAAGAAACUUUGCAAUGACUUCCUGAAGAAGCAGGCAAUCAUUGGAAAUCUGAACGAAGAGCAAAACAAGCUGCUGUGUGAUCACAUUGAGCAGAUGGCUACAGAGUGAAUAUCCAAAAUCCUCUAAACUCUACCAUCUACAUCAGCACAUCCAUGAUCUCUAAUGACCAGUAUUCCACAGUUUCGCCUCUAUCAUCACCCUACUAUUCUCACCAAUACAGAAAUCAUGCAACUAAAAUGGUUGGCAUAAAUUAGCCAAAUCCCAUGAUGCUUCAGUGUCCAGCUCCAGUGUGGAAACGGUUCAUUUUUGAUGAAAAUGCAACAAUGUGUCAAAAUAUGCACCUAUACUGGAAUAGCAAUAUGGCUCACAGUUUUCAAGCAUCAUAAGACACAGUAUCUGUCAUCAUGUAUUAUACGGAAUUCAUAUUGUGUGAUGUGAAUAUGACGCAAAACACAUCCUCAGAUCAAGUCAGUUAAAAUAUUCCCUUAGUUUCUUUCCUUUAAAUCUUUCCUGCUACUUUUAUGUAUACUAAAAGUGUCCUUUCAGCAAGUUCAAUGACAAAUAAUGAACAAAAAUACAGUCUAACAAUAUCAGUAUUUCAAUAUAUCAAUGGCAACAAAAUCAAUGU